AUGAUGCAUGGGAAAGGUUGUAUGUUGUACAUGGUUGGAUUUCUGUUUCUUACCCCGGCAGCCUCAAGAACUGAAACUCGUAAAAGCAUUUCAGAUGCACUAGAAAAAAGCGUCAUUACUGCCCGAGCCACAGAUAACGCAGGCGCAAAUUACAUCAGCACGCAGUACGAACUCCCAGACUCCAGAGACGAGAACGACUGGGCAGUAGCCAAACACCAGAUGCUGACCUCAGUCAUUAGUCGUCUGUCUAAUGUCACUUCCGUUGAAGAUAUUCUAAAUUUGGGGUUAAAGAGCAGUGGCGGGCGACCUUUGACUGCAGAAGAUCUGUCGGCGUUUUACGACAAUAAAACAGACAAACUGCUGAUUAACGGAAAUGGAGAGCUGGCUAAGGCUGCUGUCUGUGCUCCCAGAGAAGUCUUGAUUAAUGUCGAAGUUCCAGUGUUGCCUGCAGACACCUUCAUCUUUCCCUUGUGCAUUAAAGUGUUUCAAUGUGGCGGUUGUUGCAAUGUAGACAAUGUCAACUGCAUACCUGUAGCAACCAAGAGGGUGGUGUACAAUCUAUUGAAAUUCACUGUUGCAAGGGGUGACCGAACUACACGUGUGGACGGUGUGUACCCAGUGGAAGUGACAGAACACACAGCAUGCAGCUGUCGCUGUUCGUUGUCCCAGGAAUCAUGCGGGCCCCUGAAAACUGUUGAUGACAGAAUAUGUAGUUGCUAUUGCAAGUCCCCUCUACGAUGCCACCCGCCACAUUAUUUCAACCCUGAAACCUGCAAAUGCGAGUGUGCCCAGACGUCAUCCUGCUGUCCCGGUGCCCGCUACUGUGGGAUCAUAUUCAAUGAAACUACGUGCGACUGCCAACAGGUCUCUGACAAGAUGUACAUAGCCAGUGGAUCAAACCAGAAUCAAGGUCAAAGAAACAACAACAUUACUCGUGUGUCUGAAGGAAACCAAGCUGCAGGUUCUCAAACGACACCAAGAAUAUUUCAAGACACAAGAUUAAGGCCGUCUGAUUCAUGUCUCGGCGUCAUAUGUCCCAUCAUGCUUGUGACGAGACUCAACUCGGAAGGACGCUGUGUGUGUACUACAAGAAAGGGCUCUUUAUACAGAGGUCUUAAAUAG